AAGGUAAUGAGAGACAGGACAGUACAGAACCGCAAUUGCUUACAUAAGACAGUGCAGCACACAAAAACAAAACACAUACAGACGAUGAUGGGCCGCCGUACGGUUCGGUACGGUACGGGGCAGACAGUUGCAUUUGCUGGCUUUUUAUAGCCUACUUUCGAGACGAGGAGAUGCCUGCAUCAGUCUGCAACCAAGCAUGGCCCAUGUUGGAGGUGUGAACGGCGUCUUUGCGGCAGCUGCCCUAAGGGACAUCGGGGAGAAGCCAGCGGCCAGUGUGGCCAGCAGCACAGCGCUGGCCAUCCGAAACUCCACGAUUAUAGCCCAUCGACUGUCCAUCUAUUUGCCGCAGCUUUUGCUGCCCUCGCGUGACCCCCAGAAGCUGAUAACCGAAAUAAACUGCAGUGUGGCGCAGUUUCGGGAGAUGCUGAUCUUCAUUGGACAGGCGCGCGACUCGCCGGAGUUGCGCGAGAAGAUACGAAAGCUGAGGCGCAGCUGCUUGGAUGCCUGCAGGCACACGGCCCACCUGAUCACACCGCAGCCACGCCACUGCCUGGGCAGUCCCAGCGAGCGGAUGCAUCUGACGCUGCUCUACCAUCUGACGCAGCUCUUCCAUCACGAGCUGAUCAAAAGCCAUCGUCUGAUUCAGCUGGUGCCCCUCGACAUGACCGAGUAUUAUGCGCCUUCGCGUACUGCGCCCUCCAAUCUGGGCAAUGUCAUCAGUCAGAUUUUGUUGUGCAAGCAAAUCAAUCCCGACUUUCAGCAGGAGGAACUCUGCAGCAUUGCCAAGGACUCACAGGAGUUGAGCGAGCUGUUGGACGAGCUGCAAGCUCAAAUGCCACUGCCAGAGGCCACGCCCGAUGUGGAAUUCGAUCAAACAAAGAAAUCUGGCACUAGUCUUGUAUCGCUCAACACACCCAUUUGGUAUGCUCGCCAGCGCAGACGCAGCUGCAAGAGCCGCAGCCGCAGUCUCUGCUGUUGCCUGACCUCAUCACAUGGCAAAACCUAUUAGUGGCAGAAUGAUAUCUCAUAGAUAGGCAGUGCGAACAACAUCCCCCAAGUUACUUCCCACAGAUAAGAUUCAGCACAAGCUUCUUGGAAACCCCAGCAGCAAAUAAGGCACACAAAGAGUCAUUCGAUGGAAUGGCAAGAAAAGGACACAAUCAUUAAUCAAUUAUCAGCUGGAAAAUGUAAGCUAAAAUCUAUACACCACCACACCACACAUAUCAUAACAAGUGUAAUUGCUGCGUUGAUAGCUGGGAGGGAGCAGCACCUUCGGGGAAGAGAGAAAUGAUUAAACUGGAUUCCCAGAAGCGAUAAUAAAAGCA